AUGUGCAGUGAAUGUGGGAAAGCCUAUGUCUACAAAGGAAGUCUUGUUGUGCAUAAGAGAAUUCACACCAGAGAAAAGGCUUAUGGGUGUAAAUGUGGGAAGUUCUUUACAAGCAGCUCUGCCCUCAGUAAACACCAGAAUGUUCACACUGCAGAAAGGUCUUAUGAGUGCAGUGAAUGUGGGAAAGCUUUCAAGGUCAAAAUUAAACUUGUUGAGCACCAGAGAAUCCACACUGGAGAAAGACCCUAUGAGUGUAAUCAAUGUGGGAAAGCCUUCAAGCUCAAGUAUACACUUGUUCGGCACCAAACUGUCCACACUGGAGAAAAGCCUUUUAAUUGCAAUGAAUGUGGCAAGCCUUUCAGUUACAAAACAAGUCUUCUUGAGCACCAGAGAAUCCACACUGGAGAAAGGCCUCAUACGUGCAGUAAAUGUGGGGAAGCCUUUGUCUACAGAGGAAGUCUUGUUGUCCACCAGAGAAUCCACACUGGAGAAAGGCCUUAUAUGUGCAGUGAAUGUGGAGAAGCCUUUGUCUACAGAAGAAGUCUUAUUGUCCACCAGGUAAUCCAUACUAGAGAAAAACCUUGA